CGCCACAGCAGAAAGGUUGCGUGUUAUAGUAAUCUUUGGCGCGCGGAAUAACAAUUGUGGUAGUGUGUGGAUGAGUUUAGUUGGAGUGAAGUUGUAAGGUUUAUAUGUAGUCAGGCAAGAGUGUUAACACCGAGAUUAAUUCUUGUCAAAUUGAAUGAAACUUGUGCCCGUUGCAUGUAAUGUUGAAGUUGCGAUGUGUUACGGUAUCGUACUCCCAUGAGAAAGUGAAUUUGCUGUUUUGUUUGUAACUCCUGAAUGUAUAGUCCGUUUACUGUUCACGGACUAAUAGAGAAGACAGCUCACGAGUGUCUUAGAAGCUGAUGAAGUCUCAGUUGACUACAUGACUAGAGUCUUCCUUCAAAAACUGAAAGUACAAAUAGCACAGUUUGUCUGAUGUCAUACAGGACAAUCUUUAUCAGAUACAUGUCAUUUUUCAUGUGAAGCUGAGUUAUGACAGCACAGAGUUCAAAGCAGAGGCCCAAAUUCUUGAAACCAGCUGAAAAUUGGUGGGAAGAGGACAAGUCUGAAAUUGAUCCAAAUAAUGCCACGACGUUUGUGUACAAUCCGUAUGUCUCAUUUUCAUUGGAACAGCAGCGUCAGCAGUUGCCAAUCUUCAGCAAUAGGAGCCAUAUAUUGUACCUGUUGGAAAAUUUCCAGACAUUAGUGCUUGUGGGUGAAACAGGCUGUGGCAAAAGUACUCAGGUUCCACAGUAUCUGGUGGAGGCAGGAUGGGCAGCCGACGGAAAAAUAGUGGGUGUGACAGAGCCAAGGCGUGUGGCUGCUACGACUUUAGCAAUGAGAGUUGCAGAUGAAAAGAACUGCAUGGUUGGUCAACUUGUUGGCUACAGCAUUCGCUUUGAUGAUCAUUUUGAUCCUGAACACACUAAAAUAAAAUACAUGACAGAAGGCAUCUUGCUCCGGGAAAUGAUGGCUGAUCCUCUCCUGAGAAAUUAUUGUGUUAUAAUGCUGGAUGAAGUUCAUGAGAGAACACUCUUCACUGAUAUUGUCAUGGGACUACUUAAAAAGAUUUUGAGAAAAAGGAAGAAUCUUAAGCUGAUUGUCACUUCAGCUACAGUUGAUGCUGAACAUCUUAAGAACUUUUUUAGCCAUUCACCCAGUAAUAAGGAUACUGCAGUUAUUAUGAGUGUUCAUGGAAGGUUGUACCCAGUCAGUGUCUAUUAUCUAAAAGAACCAGUCGCAGACUAUGUUCAAGGAGUUGUCGAUACAGUUAUAAAAAUCCAUGAAAAUGAACCAUUAGGAGACAUAUUGGCCUUCCUCACAGGCCAGGAAGAGGUGGAGAGAGCUGUGUCAGUUUUGAAAGAGCGUGCAGCUCAUCUUAAAUCUGACAAAGGUAAACUUCUUAUCCUGCCAAUGUAUGGCUCUCUACCUAAUGGUGAGCAAUUAAAAGUGUUUCGAUUUACUCCUCGAGGUAUGAGGAAGGUUGUAAUAUCAACUAAUAUAGCUGAGACAUCCGUAACAAUUCCAGGAAUUGUGUAUGUUGUGGACUGUGGUUUUGUGAAGUUGCGCUGGUUUAAUCCGGAGAACCAUGCAGACUCAUUGGUUGUCGUGCCAGUGUCACAGGCAUCAGCUGAGCAGCGGGCAGGCAGAGCAGGUCGAGUACGUGUAGGAAAAGUGUACAGGCUGUACACAGAAGAGGCCUUCAAAGAUCUUGUAGAAGCCACUCCACCAGAAAUGCAACGAACAGAUUUAUCGAUGGCAAUUCUGCAGUUGAAAGCUCUUGGAAUUGACAAUGUGCUACGAUUUAACUUUCCUUCCCCACCACCAGCUAAGAAUCUUCUUUCUGGUCUUGAAUUGUUGUAUGCUCUUGGAGCAUUAGACAGAGAUGGGCAGCUGACAAAACCACUUGGUGUAACAAUGGCAGAGUUUCCAAUUGAACCACUCUUUUCAAAAUGUUUAAUUAUUUCUGGUGAAUUUGGCUGCUCAGAGGAAAUGCUGUCAAUAAUUGCAAUGCUGCAGGUUCAAAACGUUUUUACCAAGCCUAGCAUUGGCCAGCUUGCAAUUAAGGCUCGCAUUGCAAAGAGAAAAUUUGAAGUUUCAGAAGGUGAUCUUUUGACAUACCUCAAUGUUUACAAUUCCUUCAUAAAGCAUGAGAUGUCUCGAGAAUGGUGCCAUACAAACUUUCUCAACUACAAAGGGCUGCGUAGAGCAUCUGAAAUUAGACAGCAAAUGAGCAAACUUCUACACCACUUCAAUAUUCCCAUUACAUCUUGUGAAGGUAACACAGAAGUGAUUUGUCGUUGCAUUACGGCAGGCCUCUUCCCAAAUGCUGUCUAUCUUCACUACUCUGGUGUUUAUAAGACUGUACGAGGGGACCAAGUCUUAAACAUACAUCCAACAUCUGUUAUAUAUACACUUGAGCAGCCUCAAUGGUUAUUAUAUUGUGAAAUUCUUUACACAAAUGAAGCAUACAUGAGAGAUCUGACUGUUAUUGAUCCUUCAUGGCUCGAAGAACUAGCUCCUCACUUCUACCAGAAAACAGUUGAUAAAGAUUACUAAUCAUUUUAAUGUCUGUCUGACUAAGUACUUAAUUUUGUAAGACUUCAAAGGCUCUGUGUUUGCAGUACAUGUGAUUAGAUCUUGUAAUGAAAGGUCUGUCUCUUUCUGCAUUAGUGGCUGGUAUGAAAUGAAAUUUUAUGUUACAUUAAAGCUGUCACCUUGACCAUGCUUGAACUGGGGAGUCCACCUAGUCUGCAGAAAUUAGAGGAGAGGUUCUUGGAAGCAUGUAAAAAUAAGAGAUUAAUAAAAGCAGAAUGACUUUUACAAUGUGUUCCUCAAGCUCCUGUGGACAGUUCAGGUAGCUAUCAAUGAAAAGCGGAAACCUGGAUUUGCUUGUGGUCUGGCAUACAAUGUAAUCUAUUACUAAGGAAGGAAUCUUGUGUAAAAACAAGUUCUCAUUGUUCAUGUCAUUAAAAUUUGUAUGUCAGUAAAUUGCUGUAAUAUGUGUGUUGGAGCAAUAGACAUAUCAGAUUCCAUUAUGUAAAUUGCAUUUAAAUUCGUAUGUGUGAGGUAUCUGAGUGAUUUACAACAAUAAUAUUUCAGACAAAUUAUAAAUGUAAGAAAAUUCCAAGGACAAGAAGACUGAAAUUAAAACAAUGGGUAUUUUAUUAUGAUUUGAACUGUAAAUUUAUUGUAACUACACAUAUUGCUACAACUUCAGAAAUUACAGGUUUGUUUGAAAUGCUGUGUCUGAUGCAGGAGAUAAAGACAUCCUAAGAGGGUGCUUUGAAAAGUUCUCGGAACAGAGUAGAAAAAAAGUACUUACAUCACUGAAACUUUUUUAUUUUUCAAUGUAGUCUCCUUGUAGAUUAAUGCACUUGGUCCAAUGGCGUUCCAGUGCCUUGAUCCCAACUCGAAAAUGAGUUUCCUCCAGGCCUGCAAAAUAGUUGUCAAUUCCUGCUAACAAUUGUUUGUUUGAAGUGACUCUUCAUCCACCAAGAAAAAUUUUCAGUUUUGGGAAGAGAUGGAAGUCUGACGGAGCCAUAUAAUGUGAAUAAGGUGGGUGUGGCAACAAUUCAUACCUGAGUUCAUGUAAUUUUGCCAGGGGGACGACACGUGUGUGGACGUGCAUUUUCUUGAUGGAAGAUGACUCUCUUCUUUGCUAAACGUGGCCUUUCUUUGCAUAUAUUUUGUUGCAAUUUGACCAGGAGGUUAGCAUAGUAUUCUCCAGUAAUUGUUUGCCCAGUGGGGAGAUAAUCUACAAACAGAAUCUCCUUCGCAUCCCAGAACAUUGAUACCAUGACCUUUCCUACCAAAGGCAAUGUCUUUGCUUUCUUUGGUAGUGGAGAAUCACCAUGUUUCCACUGCUCUGAGUGUUGUUUUGUCUCGGGUAUAGUAGUGCACCCAAGUUUCAUCUGUGGUCACAAACUGGCGCAAAAAAUCUUGUUCGUUUUUCCUAAAACGGGCCAAACAUUGUUCUGAUACAUCCAUUCUCAUGCAUUUGUGAUCCAGCUCAAGAGUCGUAGCACCUAUCUUGCAGAUAAUUUGUUCAUUUCUAAUUCUUCAGUUAAAAUGUGAUAUACAUUUCAGAUGGCAUCUGGCAAGCAUGAGCAAUUUCAGGCACUUUUAAUUGAUGAUCCUCCAUGAUGUUUUUGUGCACUUUUGCAAUGAUUUCUGGAGUAGGGACACGUCUUGGCCAACCACUGUGCAGGUCAUCAUCUAAGCUCUCCUGACCAAAUUUAAAUUCACUUUUCCACUUGGCAACAGGUGAAUAUGACGGAGCAGAGUCCCCCAGUGUAUUAUGGAAAUCAGCAUGAAUGUCCUUUGCUUUCAUACCUUUCCUUACGAAGAACUUAACCACUGCUCGAAUCUCAAUUUUUUCCAUCUUCGCAAAUCAGUAUGCGGGAACAACAACAAAGCCACAUCACCACCACAGCUCUUUUCCAAGAGGCAACAAUCCAAUGAGUAUCACGUGAACAACUCGUUGCGCUAGCACUGACCUCUCAUGGUGAUUCCGAGAACUUUUCACCACCCUUGUACCUUACAAGCUCAAAAUGAAAAGAGAAACAAAUAAAGUAUGGAAUUCUUUAAUGGUGAAUUCUUGACAUUCACUUAUAGCAAAUGCUAUAUCUCAUGCAAUAUUCUUUCAUGUUUUCCUAGAUAAAAAAAACUUUAAAGUUGUGCUAAACCUGAGUGAUGGGUCGAGCACCACAAUUCUUUAUGAGGCAAAGUUCCACUAUAGGUGAUAUCUCUUGCCUUCCUCUGACCUAGCCAGUUAUGAGUAAACUUACUGCAGAGCAUGGUAUUACCAGUUGUGUACAUUUAUUCCUCCAAGUGGCUUCAUUAUCCAGCAAAUAAAUUUCUGUGACACCCUACUUAUGCUCUCAGCUGCUAGAUGUCAUAGGUAUGAAUUCCUCUGAUUACCAUAGAAGGACAAAGCAUAUGCUCUGCCAGUGGUAUGAACCUCACUACUUUCAAGAUGUUUCACUUUGUUUUCGCUAGUUAAUAAUAUGUUUUGUGUGCUUACUUGGUGGCAAGGACACAGGAAGAAAUAGCGUUCCCAGUUAUAUCUGCAACAGUUUGCUGCACAAGGUUAAUAACAACACAGUGUAAGGUGCUCUUUCCAAUCUGGUCUUGACCUGGCAUGGAGAUGUGGCUAGCACAUGGCAGGCACCAGGUGAUGCGUGUGAGGCUGCGACAGAUUCCCGGUGAUUGACACUGGCGUGAGAGAGAUGCAUCUGGCGCCCAGUGAGACUGGCAGCAUCAGUAGCCCUUGGCCUUAGUACAGCCUGUAAAGGCAGGCUGACUGAUAUGCAUGUAGCCAGUGACACCAUGGAUGGUGCGUGCAGAUAGGAGGCGUUUUCAGAAAGUAAGUUUACCAGAUUUUUAUAUUUUUUUUUUAGAAAAAAAUUUAUUUGAAAAAGAUUACAGAAUAUUGUUGAUACACUUGUUGCCUAUUUUUCCACAUAAUCACCAUGUGGUUUGUAAUCUUAUCCUCCCACACAUCACUAUUAAAGUUCUCAUUCUUUGCACAAAUUUUGAAAACUUCGAGAGGAGUAAGAUUACGUAAGAAGAACCUUUUUUACUUAUCUUGAUUAUCUCGUUGUUGUUGCUGUUGGUGGUGGUGGUGGCUCAGAAUCUUGUUGUGUCUAGGAGUACAUUCUUGUUGCUGAAAAUUCUGAUUUGACCUUACAGGUUCUUGUUGCACUAAAUAAAUGAUGAAGAUUUGCCUGUUGCUGUAAAUACCUUUUAUUUUAUCCCAUUCUUCUAUACCACACUGUCUUCACAAUCUCAAUUUUUGUCACACCACAAAUUACAUUAUUAGAGGCAAGAUUAUCAAAAUACGUGCGUUUCCAUCAGAUGCAUGCCCGCAACUCAUUACAUUCUGCGGUGUUCAAAUUA